AUGUCGUUGGGGGUGGCUAUCCAGUCGGCCGUCUUCUAUGUUAUAGCAUGCACACCUUGUACCGGGGCGCGAGCUAGGAGCAAAGCAAAGGCGCGUGCACGGAGGGAAAGGCAGGAGAAGGAUAGACUGGAGGCCGAGAACCCGGGACUAUACCGUCAUCCCAGUCCAUUCAACACGAGCCCGCAUUGGGAUGAGGAGAUAGCCAUGGGACCAUCAUUGCCAAAGAAGAGCUCGAGCGGCAGAAAUACAUCUAGCCAACGGAGGCUUACGUCUGCUUCUUCAGGCAAGGACACCACCAGGAGUGACAGCACAAUAGCCAUCUCGCCAUCAGUAAGUAUGGCAGCGACGGCCAAACUUUCAAAAUCAGCAACAAUGCCGACAUCGGUUCCAUCCACAUCAGAACAUUCUCCGCCCAAUCCUGGCAGCAGCUCUACCGUUGUUCCUGAUGGUGACCCGAGCUUGAGCCGGACGGUAUCCGAAAAUUGGAACUUGAAACGGUACCAGCGUGAGGACGAAGAGCUUUGGGGGUACGACAUCCCCACGAGCAACGCGGCCGAUACCUCGCGACCUGGUCAGAAGAUCAUGGACGCCAUUGCCAAGGCUGGCUCGUCAGCGGGUCGAUUGUUAGAUUCCACUCUACUCCUGGCCGGCAGCGGGAGUGGCAAGGACCGCAACAGCAACGGUGAGCUGCGCGAGAUCACCAACGAGGAUCGCCGGAAUUUCUACUCGCCCUCAACCCCAACAACCACAACAUUCUCCAGCUAUCGUAACCCGCCUGUCAACGAUUAUCAUCCCCCGGUUGUCAGCUCCAGCCCGGCUCACAAGGACGAAAUGAGCUGGCUUCGCCAGCCUCCCCCUGCAGUCAAGAUUAUGGAGGCCAAGGUACCUGUUAGCCGUAGUGCCAGCUUGGCCAGCACGGUCAGCCGGAGAAGCCACUUGCCCGGAUCAUCCGCAAACAACCUUUCCGAGUCGGGUCUCGGGAGGGUUGUUGGUGAGCGACUGGUUGGUGCCAAGCUCCGCAACGGAGAGCAGUUCCCAACGGGAAGGACGCCCUCUUCCGGAUCAGGCCCGAGAGCUGGUGGAAGGCCCCGCCGGACCACAGUCUCGUCAUCGCGUUCCAAGCAGAGCCAGAUGAGCUUUUCGCACGACUCAUCGUCGGACGAUGAGUACUCCGAGAUUGAAGCUCCGCGGACCAGCCGGCGUCAACCGGCAAAGCCGUCGACGACGCCAGUUGAGGCUGUAGAUGAUGCGCACGACGGACACGCCAGUCAGAGGCCCAAAUUGGAGACUAUCGUGAGCUCGGAUCUCUCGAACUUUUCAAAGCAGACCGGCCUUGUCUUGUCUCCGAUUGAGAGCAUCGUCGGCAUCGACCCGAAAAAGGCAGACAUAAGGCCGGCGACCGAGACCAAAGACAUGGCCGAGCGCCCCAGCGGCCGAUCCAUCGACAGCGGAAUGGCUCUUUCGGUAUGA